CGAGGAGAAGGGAGGGACAGUGGUCACUUCUGCUGCUGCUUCUGCUAAAAUUUGUUUCUAUUUCUUUAACCUGCCGCUUCUCGUCUCCUCUUCCUCUACAGCAGAUCUCGCAAUGCGGGUGGGAGAGAUCGAAGGCGGCGCCCAUUUCUCGAGUUCCUGCUGGAAUUCGUCGCCGCCUCUCGGAACCAAGCUUCGGAUCGACCUCUUCUCGCUAGAUCCCUAAACGUCGGCCCGAAAGAAAACCUCGAUACCGUCUUUCUCCAGAGGUUUCCGAGCGCUUCCGGUCGGUCCCCUUCUUCCAAAGCGUUCCCUCGGUGGAGAUCUGCAGUUGGUAUAGUCUCCGUUACCUUGGAUUGACGGUAGGUGAUAUUUGUGCUUCGGUUGGCCGUUCUUGAAAUCCCUUGUUUCUGCUCCUCGAUCUUGGCUUCUGUUUGCUUGAUCACUUAUUUAAGCGCAAGGAUUUUCCUUCUCCUACUUAAUCUCGAUAUCUCAGAGCUUCAGAGGAAGUGGUGGUUUCAGUAUCAUUCUAAUUUAAUUGCUUUCGGUUUCUACUUUCCCUUUUCUUUUUCUGAUCAAGAACGGUUGUUGUUGUUGUGGUCGUCGUCUGGCGUCGCUUGGUAUUAAGGUUCUCUUUGCACCAUUUGGUCUUUCAUCGGCAACGGUGAAUCCCAAAACAAAAUUGGGUUUAGGCCUGCCAAACCCCGCCAGCAUGAGCUUGAUCUGAGUGGCUUCCCCAAUCUCGGCACCAUGUGGAAGCAAUUCCUGAGUAAAUUACCUCGCAAGUCUUCCAAAUCUGAUGCUUCCUCGGGUUCCGAUAGCCAUCCCAGCAACGAUUGUACGGGUCCCUUGAACGGGAAUCCGAUCCAGCGGACUAGCAGUGGCAAUGUGGUUCCCUCACGAUCAACCACGGUGAAGCGGACUGCUUCUGCUAUCUUCCCCUCCAGUGUCGUCACCAGCAUCGAACCUCUUUUGCUAUUCAAAGAUGUUCCUAACUCACAAAAACAGAACCUUUUCAUUAGUAAGUUGAACCUCUGCUGUGUUGUCUUCGAUUUCUCGGAUCCAAACAAGAACUCCACCGAGAAGGAUAUGAAAAGGCAGGCGCUAUUGGGUCUCAUUGAUUAUGUUGAUGCUGGGGCUUCUCGUUUCACCGAGCCUAUGAUUUCUGCUUGCUGUAAGAUGUUUGCAGUUAACUUGUUUAGGGCCUUUCCUCCAAACACGCGAUCUUGUACUGGUGGUGGGGAGAAUGAGGAGGAAGAACCGAUAUUCGAUCCUGCUUGGUGCCAUCUGCAACUUGUCUAUGAUUUGUUGCUCAAGUUUGUAGAGUCAUCCUCACUUGAUGCUAAAAUUGGGAAGAAGUAUGUUGACAUUUCAUUCAUCGUGAGACUGCUUGACCUCUUUGAUUCUGAGGACCCCAGGGAAAGGGAUUGCUUGAAAACAAUUUUGCAUAGGAUCUAUGGAAAAUUUAUGGUGCAUCGCCCUUUCAUCCGUAAAGCGGUGAGCAACAUAUUUUACCGAUUUGUUUUUGAGGCAGACCGGCACAAUGGGAUUGCUGAGUUGUUAGAAGUUUUUGGUAGUGUGAUCAGUGGGUUUGCACUGCCUCUGAAGGAGGAGCACAGGCUAUUUUUUCAGAGGGUUCUAAUACCUUUGCACAAACCAAAAACAUUAGGUGUCUAUCUUCAACAGCUGACUUACUGUGUGACACAGUUUAUAGAGAAAGAGCCCAAGAUGGCAUGUUCAAUAAUAAAAGGGUUGGUAAGGUAUUGGCCGGUUACAAAUAGUCAGAAGGAAGUCAUGUUCCUGAGCGAGUUGGAGGAGGUCUUGGAGGCUACUGACACUGCAGAGCUUCUAAACUGUAUGGUCCCAUUGUUUCAGAGAAUUGGUUUCUCCAUUAACAGCUCCCACUUCCAGGUUGCAGAGAGGGCGCUAUUUUUGUUGAAUAAUGACCAUGUGAUUAGUCUGGUGUCCCAAAACCGGCAAGCAAUCAUGCCGCUCGUUUUGCCAGCUUUAGAAAGGAACACACGGAGUCACUGGAAUCAAGCGGUUAUUAAUCUAUCACAAAAUGUGAAGAACAUGUUAUCUGAGAUGGACGAAGAGAUAUUUUUGGCUUGCAAAAAGGAGUUGGGCGAGGAGGAAGAGAAGAGAAGGAUAGCAGAGGAGAAACGAAAGAUGAUCUGGGAGCAUCUGGAGGGCAGUGCGGCCUUGCAGCCAGUAACUGGUAACACAGCCGUCAUGGUAAUGCCUACCGUGGCUCCACCUAUUACUGCUGCUCUUACUUAGGCCGAAGAAGUAGAAAUGGCGUGAGAGAAAAUGAGAACGAGUAGCCUGGGGUGUGUGCAGUUUGCACAAGUGCUUUAGCUCACUCUUUUCUGUUUCUUUGGGUUUAUUGUUGUGCCCCCUAAUUGCUCUGCUAGAGAUCGUUGGUGUAUUUUAGGGAAUGCUUGUAGGAGUAAUAGCAACCAUUAUGGGUACUUAUGCUAUUUAUUAGGAGCAUAAGCCAAUUCCCGUAGUUCUUGUUUGCCCACUUGGUGGUUCAUCCGAUUACAGUUGUAAGUAUCUUACUCAGCAGCACGGGGCACGCAGGGUUCUAUGCGUUGUUCGAUGCAGUGACAUUACCGACAGGAAGUGGGAUUUGGUGUGGUGUUGGACUGAUGGAUGUUCUUUAUUUAAUCGUAUUGUGUUUCUGAGUGCUG